AAAAUGUAAGGCGUAUUGGUUUUUUUUCAAGUGUAUCAGUCGACCUCUCUCUAUCUAUUUCUUUCUUUAAUGGAGGGGACGGAAGAAACUCUUCCUUAUAUAUGCCGUGACAGCUAUUCGGUUUUCAACAUGCUUUGCACUUCCUAGUAGCGCCCCGAUUCCAGAAUCCCGACGCCAGCUCCUUCUUGCUUUUCCUCCUCUUCCUCGCCUCAAACGCUUGGAAUUCUUUAGAUAAAAUUAUUGUCUUUUGACAUUCAAGUGCUGUAUUUGCUUUUGUGAAGACUGAGCAGUGAAUACGGGUGAUAAAGUCAGCAACAGUAAAGAAAAUGACUUCAGCAAAGAUGGCCGAUAGGAAGGCAACUCUUGAUGCUGCCUCAUGGAUGUUUAAUGUUGUCACAUCUGUCGGAAUAAUACUUGUCAACAAAGCCUUAAUGGCCAAAUAUGGUUUUACCUUUGCUACGACGUUAACUGGUCUGCAUUUUGGCACAACCACAUUGUUGACUUUUCUUCUUCGGAGGCUGGGAUACAUUCAGGCCUCUCAUCUACCAUUUUCUGAACUUCUGAAAUUUGUUUUAUUUGCGAACUUUUCCAUAGUUGGGAUGAAUGUGAGUUUGAUGUGGAAUUCCGUGGGAUUCUAUCAGAUUGCAAAGCUGAGUAUGAUCCCGGUAUCUUGUUUUCUGGAAGUUGUCUUGGACAAGGUGCGAUACUCAAGGGACACAAAACUUAGCAUAGUAGUAGUCCUCCUUGGCGUUGCAGUCUGUACUGUUACCGAUGUGAGUGUCAAUGCCAAGGGUUUUAUUGCUGCUUUAGUAGCGGUUUGGAGCACUUCACUGCAGCAGUAUUAUGUACACUUCCUUCAGCGGAAUUAUUCUCUUGGAUCUUUCAACUUACUGGGGCACACUGCUCCAGCACAGGCGGCAUCCCUGCUGUUAUUAGGACCCUUUCUGGACUACUGGUUGACUGGUAAAAGAGUUGAUGCAUAUGGCUUUAGCCCCACGUCCUUGUGCGGUUUUGGCAUAGAACUGAGAUGCAUCCAGGAGCGCUGACUGUUUGGAGGGUCUUUGAUGCCACCUCAUGAUUGUAGGUUACCCCAUUUUAAGGAGAAGUAUAUAGGCUUUGAUCUCUUGGUUGUCAUAGCUAUUUGCUUCCGCACCCCCCACCCCCCCUUCUCUCUCUCCCCUUUAUGUGUGUGGGUAUGAGAAUGUUUCUCAGCCCAUAUAGUGUCUUUGUUUUCUGCCUCUUUCGUAAGUUUGGAUCUAUUUUCUAUCUUGAUAUGUUAUGAAAGAUGGGGAUAGGAGGGCCUGAGAAGAUGAAAUAAGGAUGGGUUGGGACUGGGAUUUAUAAAUGACAGAAAAGGAGCCAGAAGAUGAGAGAUGGAAUUGUUUUUAUAAUAUUUAAUUAGAAAAUUAAAAGAAAUAAAAACUUGAGAAUUUGUUAACCGAGGUGGCAUGUGCCGCAUGGACUUGCAUAGUCUGCAAAAAUCUAUCAAAUCGCCAUUUUUUAAGUGAGGAGAAUUUCAGUUAUUCUUUUCAUUUGGUGUGGCAUUGCAAUAGUUUUUCCAAAUUAGCGGGUCCAAUUAUCUAAAUUGGAAGAUAGUUGGAGCAUUGAAAUAAGGAUGGAAGGUAUUAAUCUUUUGUACUGUUGUGUGUUCUACGGACCUUUGAGAUGUAUAUAUAAAUUAUAAGCUAAGCAAACCAAAGGAUUACCUCCCCUACUUAUGUUUUAUACUUGUGUUUAAUAAUUCUGUUUUAUACUUAUGUUUAAUAAUUCUGUUUUAUACUUAUGUUUAAUACUUAUGUUUGAUAUUUAUGUUUAAUACUUAUCUUUUAUACUUACGUUUAAUCAGAAGUAUUAAACAAAGGUAGAAGACCACAGAAUUUCUUAGUCUGCCAUGCUACCUUAGGGAAAUAUGGUAAUCCUCCCUUUUUUUUUUUAAAAAAAUAAUAUGUUAAAAAACCCUCUAAAAUGUUGAGGGGUCAUACUUCAUAACAUCUUAUGAACGAGAAAUUUUGUGGGCAAAACAAGCAGAGGGAGAAAAAAUAACCCAAUUAAUCUAGUGAAAACUAGUGACAUGUUAUAUCAUUAACAAAGAAUUAUCACGACAAGAUUGAAGAUGAAAGCUCCCUUCGUGUCUAAUGAAAAUUUCCAAUAUACAUUGAAGCUUCAACAUGAAGUGUUACUUCUGUUGGUGUAGCACUACUAUAUGCGGUGGCUUUUAUGAUAUUUUCCUUCUAAUUGCGAGGUAGAGUCACCAAUCUAGUUAACCUUUAUUAUUUUUAUCAUUUUAUAGAUGGAAGAUACAAGGAAUAUAUGAAGCAAAGGUCAAAUAAUUUUUUCCGUCUUGUAGCUUGAACCCUCUUAAAUCUUAUCUAUCCGUGCACAUAACUCAUUCCAAUACCAAGCUCGUAUGGUUAUCUUAGAGGAUUCAAGUUUUAGGCCUAAUAUACUUGGCCCUUGAUUUUUUCUAGCUUGACUCUCUCUCCCUCUAGAUAUAUAGACCUUCAAACCUUGAUCUCAACCUUCAGGUUUGGUUACACAAAAUUAAAUUAUUUCAUCUCAUAUCAUCUAAUAAAUACAACUUUUAUAAAUUUUUACAUAAAAUAUAAUAAAUAAUUCAAUUUUUUCAAAUCUCAAAA